UUUUUAGGUCAGGUGACUCUCACGUGAGGUUGUGGGACCACGUGUUGAGCCACGCCCAUUAAUCCUAGAGCUCAAGAGGGGGUGGAGGAGAAGGAAAAAAAAAGGCCUAGAAAGAGGGGCCAGAAAUUAAGACAAAGAACUGAAGAGGAGGGAAGAGGAUAAAUAAACUCAAUUGAGGGAGUUUUUUGUAAAAGGACUUUAGUCUGGCAGCCCAGCCCAUUUAAAGACAGAGCCUAUUCCUUUAUGUUUUAAAAUGGCCGACUCUUCCUCGUCUUUCCCUGCUCAUGUGAAGAGGGUCUGUGGACUCCAAGUUGGUCUCAGGGUGUCAGCAGAUGCUGAAGAUCUCUGUCGUAAAAAUUACCUCUCUUUCAGCGAAAUGCUGAAACCCUUCAGCACCCUUGCUGCUGAAACUCCAUUGCAAGAUCCAGCGGGUCAUUUGUAUUCGGCUAAAGAUCUCAGCGUCCGGUUUUCAGAGCCACGCCCGGAGCCCACAUCUUCUGAAGUGACGGAAGAACUGCUGAGUCAGACAGUCCAUUGGUCCGAGAGAGGGCCGGACUCUGCCACACCCUCAAAGAGCAUCAUGAGACCCAGUGGCCCUAUGCUAUCAAUCGGAGAUAUCAAAGUACCAGCUACCACUCCUUGGUUCGAUCACUAUUGUGAGUGCUACCAUGACAACGUACCGAUAAUGGAACACGAAUACUUCCGUCAUUAUGUGGCAGCUGUCUUGGUUGUUUCUUCUCGUCAUUCUAAACCCAUUGAAGCAUUUCAAAGCCUUUAUCGCAUACAAAAAGGAGAAGAAAAACAAUCCAACUCUCAUCCUUACUGGCUGUCCUCCCACCAUCUUUAUUAUUAUCACAUCUUCCUUCAUGAUGUCACUGAAGGAGAUAUGAACUAUGCUAAGGAAAUGUUUGAGGCUAUAAAGUCAAUCUAUGGGUCCGGUACUUGCUGCUUCCUCCCCAUCAAUUCACAUGAUCCUUCACAGAAGAGCAGCGGAAGAGGAGGAGCCACUCCGGAACCAUGGAGCAGAGUUCUUAGAGUGCCAUCAGCUCCGCCCACUGAAGGAGUGGAUGAAACUGACUUUCAUUUCAAACGGUUUCAGCGUAAGAAAAAGAUACCGCGAUCCAGGUCCAACCUGUCGUCCAAGGAACAGGCCCUGACUCCUACUGGUAACCACACCCAACCAGGGGCUAUGAACUCCUCCCUGACUCCCCUGAGCACUGUCAAUGAUGUACAGGAGGAGAAAGUGAUGGUAAUGUUAGAAGACAGCACCAGCAAUCCGACUGGAAAUGAUAAAACUAAUAAAGAUAAUAAAGAUAAUAAAGGCCCACUCAAAUCAAGCAGUUCAACUAGUGUUGCCUCAGUUGAUGUUGAAUUGGGUGAAGAUCCUUUGACUUUUGUUGUUGAGGAAGAGGAGGAAGGAGAAAUUGAAAGUGGGCGGGGCAUCAGUUUAGGGGAGUGUCUUAGCUUAAACGAUCAAAACGCACUGAGGAAUUUUGUGAAAGAAUUUACCGGGAAACUACUAUCACAUUUGACAGCUGUGCUGAGAAAACUAAAUGAAUCAUUACAGAGUAGGCGUACUAUGACAAGGAGAGUCUCAAACUUCUCGCGAGGGGUGUGGUUUAAAAUGCUCGGAGGAGGAGGAGGAGGGAGUAGCGGAGGAGGAGGAGGGAAGGGAGGAUCCUCCAAUAACUUGUCAUCAAAGGGCAAUGAAGAGUCAAAUCUAAGUGCCGAUUCUGUGGAGCGAUUAAUGAGGUUGGUGGGUGAUGUGGCGUUUCUAUUGCAGAACUACGAGCUAGCAUUUGACAUGCACCAUACACUGAAGAGAGAUUUACAAGGGAAAGACCUCUGGAUACAUUAUGCAGGAGCACUGGAAAUGGCUGCCCUCUCAGCUCAGAUGUUGGGAUAUACUCGUAAAGAGACUCAAUCGUACCUAGAGGAGGCCACUCAUAUUUACUCUAAAACUUUGAGUCUUCCACUGCAGUCUCUUAGGACCUCUUUCUUUCUUUGUGGAGUCUUGAAAGAGAGAGGGAAGUAUCAGGAGCUUUCACAGCAAAUGAUCAAAACAAUUGGAGAGGAUAAUCAAUUGCUCAGUGCCCUGUGCCUGGAACAAGCUGCCCAAUCGUUCUUAAGAGUCUCUCCUCUUCCAAUGGCACGGAAAUAUGCAUUUCAUUUGGUACUAGCAGGACACCAUUUCUCAAGAGCUGGACAAGACUGGCAUGCCAUUAGAGUUUAUAUGCAAUCACUUGCCGUUUAUCAAGGAAAGGAUUGGACUAUGGCUAAUGAUUUCAUUCACUAUAGCUGUGGGAAGUUAUUCUUUUCCGUAAAGUCUCCGGAAAAUGCUUGUCUCUCCCUCCAAGAGAUUCUCUCUCACGAGUGUUCCCAGUCCUUCCAACAGCAGCUCUCAAACUUAAAAGACUUUGUAUAUGUUAAAAGAUCUCUUUUAGCUCAGUCACAUUCAAAACAGUUCUCAUUCUCCUUGCCAUAUUCAUCAAAGUCCUCUGACAAGCUUGUCUCAGCUCUCUCUCCUCUCCCUCUCCCUUUCCUCCUCUCUCACAUAACCGUCACUACUUUUGACAACGGAAUAUUCACACCUCCCUCCUCCUCUUCCUCUCCCUUUGAUUCAUUCUCUCACCUCAUCACCGACUCCUCCCAUUCGAUUCCAUUGCCUAGCGACUCGUUAGCAGUGGGCGUGUAUCCUUACAACCCCAAGAGAUGGAGGGAGGAGAUGAGUAGAUUGGAGCAUCAGUAUUUUGGCGAGUCCGAGAGAGAAGGACCUGUUUUAUAUAUGGAUAUACUCUCUGAUAACUCAGUGACUCCAUUAUGCCCUAUUAAUGAGGUGAUAAGAGUAGGUGUGGCUGUGAAGAACCCGCUAUUAGUCCCCAUGCUAUUGAGAAACAUCACUCUCUCUUGGAAUUAUACCCCACCCACGCAAUCUAACGAGGAUGAGUUGUUCGAUGAUGCUCUUUACUGUCAGGUCAUUGAUUCUUUUAUAUUGCGGCCAAAGGAAAAGAAACAUUUAUUUUUUUGGGUGUUGCCGGUUAGAACAGGCUCGGUCAGUAUCACUGGCCUCCUCUAUAACCUCUGUGUAUGGGAGGAGACCCUCGGGGGACCAGAAGACCCUUUAUUUAGCCAAGGGUUCCAGGGAAGGCUGAAUAUUGUGUGCAGGGGUCUGAGACUGAAUAACACAAAGACUGAAAGGAUGGGGGAAGUGUAUGGAGAAGACAACAGGCUAUGUUGGAAGAUUAUCCAACCAAUGCCUAGAGUAAUGCUAUUAUUGAAUGGACUAAAAGAACCUUUGUUAGCUGGGCAAAUACUAACCCUCACUCUCUCCAUCACCAAUUAUAGCACUAGCCCUGUUACUAAUAUUAGACUCCUUUCAUCAUUACAUCAUGUUCUUAGGAAGGAUGAUUCCAAUGAUACCGAUAUAUAUUCAACUACUGAUGGCAGCACUCAAUCUCUUUUCUCUCCGGUCUCCCCCUCUCUCUCUUCUCCUUUCUCCCUCCCCUUCUCCUCCCUCCCUCCCCUCUCUCCUGGUGAGACUCACACAGCCCAGCUCUUACUCUCCACUCCUCAUUCUGAUGACUCGGAACUCUCUUAUCUCUUCAUACUUUACUACGAGCCUCACCUGCUCCAACCUCCGGUUCAAAAUAGCCUCUCUAAUCAAAAAAGUUCUAUGAAGUGUAGAUCACUAAGGCAUGGCGAAAUGAUAAGUUUAAAGCCAUCGCUUUCUGUUAAUGUGUCCUGCACUAGUAGUCAGAAUUGGAAUAUUGACAAACAAGAUCUUAAUAGAUUAUUAGUGACAGUUGAAUUGAGCAGCGACAGUGAUCAAGAGAUCACUUUUAAACUCAACCAGGUCUCUUCGGUUAGUUACAGCUGGAGACUAGAAGCUUUACAGGAACAAAGAAAAGGUAUAUUGAUAUCUCCUGGUCAGACUCAAGUAGUAUAUUUGCAUGCUACAAGAGACAUCAGUGAAUCCAACACACAGCACCUCCUCUACUCUGAUGCUUCACUCUCAGACAAGAUGAUCAAUAGUUCAGGGUAUCCAUGCAAUGUCCUAAUAUCAUCAACAGACUCUUAUAAAGAUAUUGUCUCUAGUUUCACUAAUAGUUUAAAAAGGAAGGAUCCUACAGGAGGAGGAGGAGGACUCUCUGAGAAUAAGAUGUGCCUCACAGUUUUUUGGGAGACUGUUCCAGCCUUAGAGGAGGAAGGUGGUGUCAAGUUUGGCCAGCAGUCAGUUACUGCAGUUUUACCACAAACCACAGCCAUAUUAACCCAGCCACAACCACAAACCAUACCCAGUCUCAUCUCCCCUUCACCCUAUGAUCUGGUCAGACAUGCUUUGCAGUACCCGUCUUGUGUCUCGCACGAUUUCUCAGCUAAGCCAUUGUGUAUUGUACAAGUGGACCUGACCCUUGAGAACUGCACGACAUCUCAAGUCAACGUAAUGAUUGAAACACUCCGAACUGCUGAGGUUGCCAUUGGUGUUCGUUCUUUGGAGUCCCACUUCCAGUGGUUGGGACAGUCGAAGAUCAAUACUACAAUGGAUUCUCUUUCUCAUAAAACUUUAACUUUACAUGCAGCCUUCUCUUCCCCUGGGACUUACUGCUUGAAUUCACUCCGUGUGAAGGCAUGUCUUUCUGGCAGUAGCUCCUCUGGCCUGUUGCAUCAAAGGUGGCAAUUCUCGAGUUAUAUUGUUGUUAACGGUGUUGGGGGCGUGGUUUGAGAAUGGGUGUAGCAUGUCUGGUUUUAUUGUGCUUUUUGUGUGUGACUUAAUAAUUAAAUUAAUACGUAAUACAUUUUUUGAUGUUGUAAAUUAUUAUUAUUAUUAUUAUUAUUAUUAUUAUUAUUAUUAUUAUUAUUAAAAUUGCUGGAUAAAAAAAAUUUUUGUACAGCAUAUUUGCGUCAUCAGCUAAAA